AUGAAGAGCAGAGUGUGUUUUAGAUGUGGUUCCUUUGACCACUAUCUUAAAGAUUUCUAUGAGAAAUUUGAGAAAGAUAAUAUUCAAGCUUCGAGGCCGAGCAACACAGCUGCGAGUGGUAGGCCACCUCGUAAUCUUGGAAAUGUGAGUGGUAGCCGUGGUGUAACGAAAGACUCUGCUGUGAGAUCUAAGGCACGAGCACCAGCUAAGGCUUAUGCUAUUCGCGCACGCGAAUAUGUUUCUACAUUAGAUGGUAGUUCCGAUACUUUUUCUCUCUAUGAUACUGAUGUAACUGCUUUGAUUGAUCCCAGAUCGACCCAUUCAUAUGUUUGCAUGAAUCUAGUGUCUAGUAAGAAUUUAUCUGUUGAGUCCACUGAAUUCGUGGUUAAAAUGUUAUUACCAUUCAAUGAAUUUGAUGUGAUUCUGGGUAUGGAUUGGCUAAAUCUACAUGAUGCUGUUGCAAACUGUAGAUGA